AUGGCAUCAAACAUGAGCAGUCACACAUCGUCAUUUAAGUCCAAUGAUAAAACUACAUCCUUUGAAUCAUCAUCUGUUACUAGUGAUACAGCAUUACAGUCAUGUGUCUCUGAUGGUGACAAGACUGGCAGGGUGUUGGAAGGAAGCUAUUAUGAAGGUGAAGAUAUACAUUCCAAGAGUCUUCCUGUGAACAGAUUGCAACUUGAUAAAAACCAAAAUAAGUUUCUACAGGAAAGAAAACCUGCAUGGGACUAUGUUAUUCAGCAGUUAAAGUCAGUAGUUGAGGGUUGUGAAAUAUAUCUGGAUGACCAUUGUUUGAAAUGUGUUCAUGUGGAAAAUACUGACUUGGCAAAACUGAAAAACAAACUUUCAGAGGUGAUUGUGGAAUUUAAAGUUGACAUCAAUCCUCUGAAGCAGGUGUUUUCAGACACUGAGUGUGAACAAAUACUGGAAAACAACCUUGCAUAUAAAUGUGGCAUGUUUAUUAUGUUAUCAAAUGAAGAAUCCAACGAACUUUGUGCUAUUGAACAAGGUCUUGGCGAUACUGGAACCUGUGUUGUUCAUUUGAUAAAGCUUGAUAAUCAACAGAUUAAACUUUUUGAAAAUCCAGAAGUUAAGACUUUUCUCAUUACAGAAAUGAAGACGCAUGAAUAUGAUCUCAUGUUUGAUGAAAAAGAUCCAUCUGUUGCUUCUGUGAAGGUUAAAGAUGUGGAAAUGUUGGAAAAAGCUAAACUUUAUUUUGUGGACUUAGUUGUACGCCAUUCUGUUGAAACUAAAAUUUUCAAACCAUCCUAUUUGUCAGUAGAUGAACUAAUACAACUGCUUAAGCAAACAAGAAGAGAUGGAAAGCUCUAUGUGGAAUUAAAUAAUGAUGUGAUAACAUUUAUUUCAACUAAAGAUAUAGAUGAAAGUGUUUGCAGAAUAUUUAACAAAAUCAUCACUGAUGGUGUUGCAGAUGAUAUUCAAAUGUCAAGAGACAUUUACACAAAUUUCCGUCAUGACUGGGAGAAAAAUAUGAUACACGACCUGUUACAGGAAGAAAAUCCUGUGAUUAUUGAGCCAUUUGAAAAGGAUGACAAGUAUGGAUUGACAUUAAAGGGGACUAAGACUGGGGUUCAGAAUGUGAAAUCAUUUGUAUACAAAAUGGUGGAUUCAAUUCAAGAAAAACAUUCAAAACUAAAACCCACUAAUCGACCACAAAAGCAGCUAACAGGAAACAAAUAUGUGAAUGAAAAUUUACAUUCCUUAACUUACACAGAAUUGUCCUGUGAGCAUGCAACUGGUAGUUUAGAUUUUCAAGGGAAUCUUGUUACUGUAGAACUGCCAGUAGCCAGCACUACUCAGAACUGUGAUAAUGAAGUCUCAAGAUUGGACUCCAACAAAAAGGUUAGUUGUGGAUCACACCUGUCAGCAGCUACUACUAAAAAGACACCAGAGAAGACAGAUCACAAAACAGCAAAACAUACCACUGCAUCAUUUGUAAAGGAGUCUAGUUCAACUUCAACAGUUUCUCAGUCAGGUUCUGGUGGUGCAAGACCCAAACAGCCAAUGCAGACCAGAAAAGGUAAAACUGAAGAAUUUCCUGACAAAACAGUUGAUCAAAUUGAGUAUGAGGCUAUCAAGAACUUGAUUGGAAAUAAGCUGUUUCAAAGAUUUUGUACUGCAGAGCAAAUGACUGAUAGAGUGAAAAUAUGUUUUAUUCCUGGUUUACCUGAUUCUUACAAUGAAUUUGAGUGCAUGUACCAGAAAAUAAUAGGUUUGGUAAGGUAUGACAUUGAUCUUUCACCUUCAGAUUCAGAAAAAGCAAGAAAUGUUGCACAGAACAUUUCAUCAGAAUUCAAAGGUGUCUUUUUCAAAUGUUGCCAUGACAGACUGGUGAUCAUUGGAGAUGAUAGAGAUGUUACAGAUGCAGCAAAAAACAAAGCAAACGUUUUGCUUGGAAAAUCAAAACCUACCAGACGUGUACAAAGACAGUACGCAACAAUCAAAGAUGUGAGUGAGAGUUCACAUUCCUCAAAUGCUGAAGCAUUGUCCUCUUCUAAGUAUAUCACUGGCAGCUUAGAUUUCCAAGGGAAUCUUCUUACUGUUAAAGUUUACAACACAGAUAUCACUAAGCUGAAAGUUGAUGUUGUUGUUAAUGCUGCUAAUGGACAACUGGAUCAUAGUGGUGGUGUUGCAUCUUACAUUGCAAAAGCUGCCGGUGAUGACCUUGUAAGAGAAAGUCGAGAUUACAUCAAGAAAUAUGGUGACAUUUCUGUAACUAAACUUGCAGUAACCAACGCAGGAAGAAUGCCCUGUAAGAAAGUGUUCCAUGCUGUAGGACCAAGAUGGAAUGCUUACAGAGAUAGUGAAAAGAAAGUAUGCUUGGAGGAUCUGCUGAAAACUAUCUUGAGAUGUCUGUGUGCUGCCAGAAAUCUAAAUAUGACAUCCAUUGCCAUACCAUCCAUCAGUUCAGCAAUCUAUGCAGUACCAAAGGAGUAUUGUGCAGAGAUGUAUGUAAGAGCUGCAAAAAGUUUUGACCAGUAUGUACAAGGAGGCUCUUUGAAGGAAGUCCAUUUUGUGGACGUGAAUACAGAAAUGGUGGAUUUGAUUCAGAAAACAUUUAAGAAAGACUGGAACAAACCAGCUGAAAAGGGAAAUGUAAAGAAGUAUGAAGCCAUCAUCAAUAACAUGUUGGGCAAAUAUUCAGUUCCUGUGACCAGUUCUGGUAAAAUCUCUGAUUCUUCUUUAAAGAACAUGAAUAAAGUCAACAAAUUCACCAAUGAUCCUAAUGAGAAUGGUAAUAAUAAGGAUCCAGAAUUCACUACAAUGCCCAUUAGUGAAUCUGAAUUCUCAGCAAGCAGUGAAAAACUACCAGACAUAUUAAUAUCUAGUGGCCACAUCACACACGCAAACACGGAUGCCAUAGUUUGCUGGCAAGAUGUAAAGGUUUCAGGGAAAUUUAGAGUAGCUAGAGAUGUUGCUGAGGCUGCUGGACAAGAGUACAACAGAGCAUUAAGAUCAAGUAUGGUAAAUAAAGUUGAAUAUGGACAUGUUUUCCACACUACUGGAGGAGGACUGAAGAAGUUAGUGAUUCAUGCUUUUGUAUCAGAAGCAUCAUCUUCAGAAGCUGACCUGGAAGAAAUUGUUGAUUUUAAGAAGAUUGUCAGCAAGAUUCUGAAUGUGGCCGAUGCUUUGGAAUUAUCAUCUGUGGGGUUUCCUGUUUUGAUGACACGUAAAGAUGCCAGUUUAAAACGUUUCAGCAAAGACAUCUUUGAAGCCAUCCUGGCAUUUGCAACUGAAAACCCAUCAUCAUCUGUAAAACACUUUCUGAUAGUUGACCAAGAUAAGGGUCAUGUCCAGAUGAUGCAGUGUAAUAUUGAUGAGCUGAAAAAGGUUCAUUCAAACUCUUCAUCACAAGCUAUUAAGCAGCGUCCACGAGAUGACGGGCAUAACAGUGAACCAGAGACUUGUGCCUGCUGCCAACAUGGAUCAUCUGUUACAAGUUUAACAAAGUGUAAACACCCUCAGUGUCAAAACUGCAAACCAAAAGCCGUCAAACCAGUCUAUGGAAAUAUGCCAAAGGGCACAAUGAAGUAUGAUAUUUGGAAAUCGUCUGUAGAAGGAUAUCCUGGAUGUGGCACAAUAGUUAUCAAGUAUUCAAUUGGUUUUGGUUACCAACAGAAAGAACAUCCUAGACCUGGUGACUGGUACAUGGGUACAGAUAAGAUGGCAUUUUUGCCAAACAAUGCAGAGGGGCGAACAGUGUACAAAAUGUUGAAGAUUGCUUUUGAGAGACGUCUGACCUUCACUUUUGGGAAAAAUGAGAAUGGAUUGGAUGGUGUUGUAUUUGAUAUUCCUCAUAAAACAAAGACAGCUGGAGGUCCACAGAAGAAUGGCUAUCCAGAUCCUAAAUACCUGAAAGAGGUUCGAGAACAACUGGCCAGAAAAGGUAUCACAGAGGAAGAUCUCGUUGGAACAGAUGUUUGAAGCGUCUAACAGAUCAAUAUACAGUAUACAUGUAGUGGACAGCAGAGUAAUAACUUUUUUGAAAUCUUCCCUUGGUAAAAAAAACCCACACCAAAAUGUAAAUAGUUUUCAUUAUGUAUUACAUUGUGUUUUGUAUAAUGAUGUUAUGAUCAAUAUGUUUUAAAUAGCAAAUGUAUUAUUAUUACUUUUAAUUUUUAACACACUUUUCAUAACUCAAGAUGAGUCUUUCUCAUUUUAUGUUUGAACAUUUCAUAAUAUUGUAUUUUAUGUAAAGGGACUGAGUUUUUCACUGUCUGAAUUCAUCUUCUUUGUUUUUGAUAAAUUAGUUUGUAUAAAGUAGUUUUGGUUUGACUGAAAUGCUGAAAACUGACUUUUGAGUAUGGUAUAGAAUUUUCAAAGAUUUUUUUCCACUUAAAAUUAUUUUUAAACAGCUCAGAAAUAUAUGUAUUACAUUGUGCUUGUAUAUUUUCUUACUCAUAUUGUCAGGAUGAUAACUAUAAUUAUAACAAUCUGUACAUGGAUGUAUACUCUAACUCGUUUGAUAAAUAAACCUUGAUAUACAUUUUUGUUUUAAACAUUCCGACACAAAUAUGGAUUUUAUUUCUGUAUGUAGUGUAUUAAAUGAAAUAUAUUCAAGAAGUUAAGUUGACUUAGGCUAUUAUAUCAGUUAUUAUUCUGAUAAACCUU